GUGAUCGCAUGGUAAAGGCAGACCGGGGCAGGACGGGGGCAAAAGGAUGAGUGUGACGGGAACAGCAUGCAGCUCUCGGUGACUUUUCCCAUAGGAAUACACUGCGGCUGAAAGAGGAGGGUGGUCCUUCAGAUUCUGUUCAAAACACGCUGUUUUAGUGACUUUCUGAACUGGACACACGUUUAAGUCCUCCAACCUGCGGCUACGCGGACUCGGACUGAAAGUUCCGUUUUGCGUAACUUUGUAGGUUUCCGUGGCUGAUUUUGGGAGACACUGCGUUCGUCUGAUUCACUCCGUGUCCCUUUCUGUUGCUUUACUGUGGAGAAGCGCUGACUGACCGAGCUGGACGAACAUGCUCCAGAAUGGAAAGGCCAAGGAGGAGAAGCCCGAGACGGACGAGGCGAAGCCAGAAGCUCCAAACGACACGACGAGUGAGAGCGAAGCGGCCAAACCGGGCACGGACAGCGGCCCCACUCACUUCCCCAUGCCGGCGCCCGUGCCGGGCUACCCCAAACUGGACAUCAAGCGCCACGCCGUGACGGACGACUACAAGGUGUCCAGCCAGGUGCUGGGAUUGGGCAUCAACGGCAAAGUGCUGGAGUGCUUCAACAAGAAAACGGGAGAGAAGUGCGCGCUGAAGAUUCUCUACGACAGCCCGAAGGCUCGGCGCGAAGUGGAACUGCACUGGCGCGUCUCCGGAGGGCCGUAUAUAGUGCGGAUCCUCAGCCUGUACGAAAAUAUGUACCAUGGGAAAAAGUGCCUGCUCAUCAUCAUGGAAUGUAUGGAAGGAGGAGAGCUCUUCAGCAGAAUUCAGGCCAGAGGUGACCAGGCUUUUACUGAGAGAGAGGCUUCGGAGAUCAUGCGGGACAUCGGCACAGCCAUUCAGUUUCUGCACAAUGUGGACAUCGCACACAGAGACAUUAAGCCAGAGAACCUUCUCUACACCAGUAAAGAAUCCAACGGCGUCCUCAAACUGACAGAUUUUGGCUUCGCUAAGGAAACGUCAUUACACAACCCGCUGCAGACGCCCUGCUACACCCCAUAUUACGUGGCCCCUGAAGUUCUAGGCCCUGAGAAAUAUGACAAGUCAUGCGAUAUGUGGUCUCUGGGCGUCAUUAUGUACAUCCUGUUGUGCGGUUUCCCACCGUUUUACUCGAACACAGGCCAGGCCAUCUCUCCAGGAAUGAAGCGGCGAAUCCGAAUGGGCCAGUACGAGUUCCCCAACCCAGAGUGGGCCGAGGUGUCUGAGGAGGCCAAACAGUUGAUUAACCAGCUGCUGAAGACUGACCCCAAUGAGAGGAUGACCAUUACACAGUUCAUGAACCAUCCCUGGAUCAAUCGAUCUAUGGUGGUCCCUCCGACGCCGCUGCACACCACACGGGUCCUCACUGAGGACAGAGAGAUGUGGGAUGAAGUGAAGGAGGAAAUGACCAGCGCUCUUGCGACCAUGCGUGUGGAUUACGACCAGGUGAAGAUUAAGGACCUGGACACGUCCAGCAACCCGCUGCUCAACAAGAGACGGAAGAAAGCGGCAGCGGCCAGCGGGAAGAGCGCGGUCUGCAACAGCCAGUGAGGGACAAGAGGGAGAGUGUGGACAGAUCAGCUGAUCGGAGGAAAGGAAAUGAUGAACUGAUUGAUUGAUUGAUUGAUUGAUUGAUCGGUGGAGAAGCGGAGAAGAAGACAGAGAUCAGAGCAAGUGUGAACGGAUGGAAUGAUGGCUGGACAGACAGAUGGGAGGAUGAAUGAAGAAGGAGAAGAAAUGAGUGCGUUAGUGUGGAGGAGGAGGUGAAAGGGAGGACAUAUAAGAUUGCUGAGUCAGCACACAGCUGCAGUGACUCCACCACUCACUCACAUCACUAUAACCAGCAUUAGGACACGUUAGCUGUGACUGCCCGUUAGAGCUGCACGAUACGGACUGAACACUAUCUGCUUUCUAUCAAGACUGGCAUUGCAGUAGAGGUGGCACCGAUCUGAUACCAUGUAUCAACAUCGGGUCAAUAGCAAGAAAACGCUGCUAUUGAGAAACGAAUGUGAUCCGGUCCUGUAACAAACCUGUCCUGAAAUAGCACCUGCUCACUGUGUCUUGUCAUGUUAACUGUGCACAGAGUUGGGCAGAUACUUUGAAAAAGUAGUGAAAAGAGCUCAAGUAUGUACCUUAUGUGUACAAAUAUGUACCUUUUCUCUGGAAAAGAGAAUGUAGUGUACCUUUAAGAGUCAUUUAAGGCAGAGUUUAUCAUUCACAGGGCCUUAGGUGGUCCUUGGGCCAAUUUUAAGGAGGAGCCAGUGGUCCAUAGUGGGUGAUAGCAUUUUGUCAUAAAAAUCAGUGAAAAAAACUGGCUUAAUAAUAAGAAAGAAGUGUGAUUUUUUUUUUAAUAGUAAAGAAUAUUAAUACAAGCCCUGCAACAGCAGCCAAACAGACAAAAUACACUCCCUCGAAGUAGCAAUCGUUCACUUGCAAGUGAAAAUUUUCGCUUAAUUUGCCACCAUGUUGCCUGAUUUCUGUAUAUAUAUAUAUGUAUAUAUAUAUAUAUAUAUAAAGCGAGUUUAUGUUAGCCUAAUCUGCUGAUAGUUUAUUUUCAGUCAUAAACAUUGCAUAUUGUGGCACCCAAACAUCACUGUGUUGAAACUUUCCCUAAAAUUAUUAUUAUUUUUUUUAAUCUAGUCAUAAAUAAGUGGACCUUAAGGUGGAAAAGGUUGAGAACCCCUGAUUUAAGGUACUCAGUUGGACCUUAAGAACCAUGUUGUACGUUUCAGGGCACAAUUACAUUGUUUAUAACCUCAUCUUAAGUGCUUCAAUGAAAAAUAGCUAAUACUCUGAUACUAAAGCUUUCAAGGUAUCGGGGGGAAGAAAAAGCGGUGUUGUGCCAUCUCUACCUUGCAAUAUACUAAAACCACAAUGAAGAAGAUUUGAUGUGCUGUGAUCAAAAGACUAGUUGAACAAAAAUCAGAUUUACAUGUUUUUCUGCUAAACCCUAAUUGCAUUCGAUCAGCCAAGACAUGUUUAGGCCCAAUUCUAUUUCUCACUGUUACCCCUACCCGUUGUUCUCGAGUGUCACCUUGCCCCCUAGAACUGAGUUACAAAAUUUAGUGAGAACUGGAUGCGUGUGAUUGAUCAGAUGGCUAACAAAUAAACAAAAUCAGUGCAGGGCUUAUUUGCAUAGCGCCGCCUUCUGUGAUUUCAGGAAUGCAAAGGUCCAUAAUGCAAACGAUAUACUGUGCAGCCUCAGUGCCUGUGUGCCUGUAUGUGUACAGACAGACAAGAUUAUGUGGUUAUGAACUGUCUGUGUCUGUUGCUUAUGUGAUACUGUAAUAACUGUAACAGCCGCAAUCACACAUCUAAUUGUGUGUGUUGUAUGCAUGUAUACAUAUGAGUAGGGCUGUCACUGUCCAUCAUAUUAGUAACCAAGCAAUCUAUCGGUCAUUUCGAUGAUUAUUUGAGCAAAGCCAAAUGCAUUUAAAGGGACAUUUAAAGGGAAAUUAAAAACGUAACCACCACUUAAUCUUGUAAACAAGCCUACCCCUGCCGUGCCGUGGUGCUGUAGUAGUCCCAAGAGUGGGAUUUAGUCUUGAAAACCCCCUUCUGUUGAUGCGUAUUGAAGGAGGAGCUUUU